AUGCUCAGCAUAAUCUGUUUCUUUAUUACGCUCGCUUUCGCCGCUCCUUUACAGAAAAGGUUGUUCAAUUACGAUGAAAAUAUCAUUCGUGGUGUCAACAUCGGUGGUUGGUUAGUGUUGGAGCCAUACAUCACACCUUCCCUGUUUGAACAGUUCAGAACCAACCCUUACAACGACGACGGUAUACCGGUCGAUGAGUACCACUUCUGUCAGCAAUUGGGCUACGACGCCGCCCAACAACAGCUGAUCAACCACUGGUCUAACUUCUACCAGGAGUCUGACUUCCAGGACAUCGCCAACAAAGGUUUUAACUUGGUCAGAAUCCCCGUGGGCUACUGGGCUUUCAAGACUAUGCAAGGUGACCCAUACGUCACUGGCGUACAGGAACAAUACUUGGAUAACGCUAUUGAAUGGGCUUCCAAAUACGGAUUGAAAGUCUGGGUUGAUCUACACGGUGCCGCUGGUUCUCAAAAUGGGUUUGACAACUCUGGGCAAAGAGAUGCUUUGAACUUCCCAAACGAUGACUACAACGUCCAAGUCACCACAGAUGUGAUCAAUUACUUAUUGAACAAGUACUCCCAGGAUGAAUACUUGGAGACCGUGAUCGGUGUUGAAUUGAUCAACGAACCAUUGGGUCCAGCCAUUGACAUGAACAAAUUGAAGUUCAACUACUACAAACCAGCUUAUGACUACUUGAGAGAUACUGUGCAGAAGCCACAAAAUAUUAUCAUGCACGAUGCAUUCCAACCAUACAACUACUGGGAUGACUUCUUGACCUUGGACCAAGGCGCUUGGGGUGUCACCGUUGACCACCACCAUUACCAAGUUUUCUCCGGCGGUGAGUUGCAACGUGACAUUAAUGCCCAUGUCAGUGUCGCAUGUGGAUGGGGUUCUGGUGUUCUGAACGAAGCCCACUGGACCGUUGCUGGUGAAUGGAGUGCCGCUUUAACCGAUUGUACCAAAUGGCUAAACGGUGUCGGUAUCGGCGCUAGAUACGACGGAUCCUUCUGGAAAAAUGGCGUGGGCUCUUCUUACAUAGGUUCAUGUGCAAAUAACGAAGAUAUCAACAGCUGGACUGAGGAUAGAAAACAAAACACAAGAAGAUACAUCGAAGCUCAAUUGGAUGCUUUUGAAUUAAGAGGUGGCUGGAUCUUCUGGUGUUACAAGACUGAAACUAGUAUUGAAUGGGAUGCUUCAAGACUUAUUGAGUACGGUUUGUUCCCUCAACCAAUGGAAAGCAGAUGGUACCCAAACCAAUGUGGCUUCAGUUAA